CGCCCAGCGCCUCACCGCCGCCGCCGCCGCGCUGGCGCAGCACGCGAGAGCGGCGGCUGCACAGCGACCAGCUCGCGCCAGGGGCCGGCAGCACCAUGCUGUGCUGACUGCGCUGCAUCAUUGGGAGAAGGCAUGCACACUGGCACAGAAAUAUUCUUUGAAAGUAUCUCCAGUUGAAGAGUCACUUAUGGAGAUGUUACAUCCUGAAGGAAAUAUUGACACACAAUGGGUAGACAACGUAUCAGCGCUCCUCCGCGAGAUGAUCUCCCAGCUGAGCGCGGAGUCCAGCUCCCGGCGCCAGCGCGUGCGCACGGCGGGCGAGGCUCGCCGGGCCGCUGCCGAGCGUGCGUCGGCGCCGGCCGCCGCGCGCGCGCACCUCAUGCAGGAUGUGCGCCAGUCGCUGCUCACACUCGCGCAAGCGCAUGAGGGCAACAACCUAGCCUCAGAGUUCUUAUCUCAAGAGAAGACAAUAUCGGAUCAGAUACAAGCGCUGUGGACGACCCGCGACCACGAGGUAGCGGUCAGCGAGGCUCGGGACGCCGCCGCCGCGCUGCUCGACGGACUAGCGCAGCACCAUGAUGCGCUCUUACAACUACACAGCAACUGGGUGUCGGAAUCGGGCGCCCGCAAGCUGACGCGCCAGCAGGCCCUCGCCGCGCCCGGCAAGACCAACGCCAUCAGGCAGGGAGGCGAGCGCAACGCGGUGGGCGCGGGCGUGUGGAAGCGCGUGCGGCUGAAGCUGGAGGGACGCGACGACGCACUCUCGCAGCGCCGGCACGCGCUGCACGACCAGGUGGAGCACAUGAUCAAGGAAGCAGUUUGCAGUGGGAACCUGUGCAUGAUGUACGAGGGCUGGAUGGCGUGGGUGUGAGCCCUCCCCCCGCGCCGCCCGGCGCUGCCCCGCCCCCCGACAGCCGGCCCCGCCCCCGGCACCGCCCCCCGCCGCCCAGGCCGUAAAGGCCGCACGGGCCGCACAGAGGGACGGAAUAACUCGUUUAAGCCUCACUUUUGGUACCACGUUUUUUACUAGUUUUAUCUUUUUUGUUCGUUUUCGUUUGUAACGCAGCGUGUCCUGGACACGUGCGCGACACUCGGCGGCUCAGAACAAACCGAGCCGAGCCCGACCCCGGGUACACGGAACAACUGUCAGGCCGGCGCCGCCCGGCCGAGGGGCGGCGUCUCCGACUGAUAAUACUCGGCGUAGUUGUAAGAGCAGCGCGACGUGGCGACCGGCGACCCGCGACCCGGCGAGCUGGCGCCGCGACCCGCGACUGUGACGGACAUGCCCCGCGCGGCAUCUCGUUGUAUCGUGUCAGAAAUGUAACGCAGCUCGUCAUCUCAUGUAGUCUAUAUAUACAACGACUCGUUGUUACACGCUACAUGCUCGCUCGUCAACAUUUCGCGUUAACUUAAGUAAUGUCUCUCUCGCACUCGUGCGAUUACUGUGUUUAUCUCUAUAAACAUGAUGGAGUCAAGGCGAGAAACUUCUCACGUUAGUGACAUCAUUGGCGUACAAAAUUCAUUUGUAGCUCAUCUAUGAUAACUUUUAAUAUAAAAAAAUACUUAAAAAAUCCAAAAAAAAAUAUUGAUAACAACGCAACGAAGUGUGCAGAAUGGCAACACUAAUCUAUUCAUUUUUUGUCUCUGGACGUAAUUGUAAUGUCAUUUAAGAUGUAGAUCCCAUACAGCAUGCAAUCAUAGUUGCAUUAAAUAUUAAACCGUAGCAUCCUCACCAUAGCUGAAUUGGUAUAAAUUAUAACUUUAGACUUAUAUUCCAAGUAAUAGGCCGUUCAAAUAGAAACCAGAAUAAAUACAGAAGUAGGAGUUUUGCACGAAACUCGCUAGCUCUCAAAUAAUCCUGUUCAUGUUAACAUUUAUAAACAAUAUUUCGAUAUUCUAUAUUCUAACGCAUAAAUGUAUCUUAAUGUAGACAUUAAUUUAGUGGUACUCAUUUCUUGUAAAAAUUAUAAUGUUAAAUUAAUCAGGCGCCACCAACUAAAGUGUCAUAAACCAGACAAAAUCAAGUCAAUAGUAACAAUAAGAUGAGAUUUGUGACAUCCAAGAACUUAAUCUUUUAAGAUAAUUGCCAAAUUCUCUCAAUGUAACAGACUAGUAAAUUCAACUUAUCUGAUGUAUAAAAAAAUCACCUUACUGUCAUCCUAAUAUUUAUCUGCUUUGCAGUUUUCAUUAUGAUCAACAACGCUUAGCUACCUGUGCACUCGUUUGUCAUGGUUACACUAAGUGCUGAAUCGUGAUGAUAUGUGGAAGACCAGAUUAUUGUAAUAAAACGAUACCUAGUUUUUUUUUUGAGAACUAAAAUUAUACUUAUGUAGAUCCAUACUUUCUUUUACUGACAGUAUAAAAUAUGUUGUAACUUGGUGGCGUCUGAAGUAUUUUCCCAACGUAGGCCGCAAUAAUAAUUUGUAUGACGAGAUGAAAGUAAUUAUUUGCAUGUUUUUUUUUUAUUUGUAUCGUAUCGCUGUAGUCAAUUCAAAAUUCACUGAUACUGAAGAAUAAUGGACAUCAAAUUGAUGAUCGACACAUUUAUCGACAUUAUAUUAAAUUAAAAAUGUUGAAUAUAUUUUUUUUUUCUGACAAUCUUUAGGAUUCCAGACAAAAAUGUGGCCCUACAAUAUUUUUACAAGUGAUGAGUACAUAAUAACAUAUAAUAUUAUGUAUCGCGUACCGCAUUAUGUAACCUUCAUGUGUGUCUGUGUGUGUGGCGUCUAUACGGACGUGUCUAUGUGUGCUUGUAACGGCGGAUGCAUUCGAUUCUACACUGAAUACUGUAACAUCAUGAUUUAGACCAUGUUUUUCAUAGUAAAUGUUAGACCCUACCCAACACAAGAUGUGGAAUAAACUAUGGGAGAGGCUUUAGCGUUAAGUGUCCCCAUAGAUAUAGAAUAUUUAAUAAUAUGUACUGUCAUAGUUUCCAGCGAGCAAUAGUAAAUUUCGCUCAUAGAUAAAUUGAAUGUUAGUUUCUCGAUGUUGUGUCCGCGUUCUGAAGGCGCGUUUAGUUCGACCUGUCAUAGAUAUCCAUAUUGUAGUCUAUGGUCUAAUCAUUACGAUGCAUCCGCCGACCGUGUGCUUGUAUCGCUUCAUAUUAAAAUAAAUGGUGUAUGUAGAA